AUGGCUACAUUUAUAGGUUAUUUAUAUGCAUUUUUUAGCUAAUUAAAAAAUACAUUGGGUAAUAUACAUUCAUUAUUAAAUAUUAAUGUCUGGUGCUUCAGAAUAUAGACAGGAUAUAGAUACAUUGUUAGAUUUUUUUAUAGAAUAAUUUAUAAUGUAAUAAACAAUAAAAAGGGAAUAUUUGUAUUAUAGCACUAUAAGAAAAAUGUUUUUUUAAAACAUAUUUUAUGAUAUGUUUAGCGUUAUAGUUGACAUUUGUAUGAAUUUACAAAUAUAAAAAUUUGUUUAUAAUUUUAUUUUUAUGGUACAGAAACAAAUGUAAUUUUGUUAUAUUAAUUAAUAAAAAAUUAUAAGAAUAAUAAUAAUUAAUAAAAAAUUCCUUAUUGGGCGCGGAUGUUAAAAACUCUAAACUAUUGUAAACUAUUUUUAAGCUACAUCAUGCAUGCAUUUAAUGUUUUCAUAUUAUUUCAUAUAUACAUAUAUAUUUAUUUAUUUAUUUGUAAUAAAAUUAUGCUAUUAAUGAGAAAUAAAAUAUUUUCCUUAUUAUACAUACAUACUAUAAAAUUGUACAUAUUUUAUAUACAUGUAUCGUCAAUAUAAAGUUGUGGUUACUUAGCAACUAAUCUAACAACACUAUAUGAUUUCACAUUAGAGUGGUUUUACAUUUGCUAAUGAAAUUAUAAAAUAAAGAUAUCAAUAUUUUAAAGUAAUAAUUGAUAUUGGAGUACUUUAUAAUUUAUUUUCAUAAAUUUUUAUUUGUAAAUUGGUAAUAGAUAGAUAGAUAUCUGUUUUUGUGAUAUUCCAUUCAUCUGAUUUUUUUUAUAAAAAUGGUGAGUUUUGAAAUUUCUAUUUACAAUAAUUUAAUCUAUAAAAUCUUAAUUAUAUGCAUGUAAAUCAUUUUAUCUCGUAUUAACUUUGUAGGGGCCUAAAAAGGCGAAAGCACCUACUACUGUUGAUGGAGUGGAUACAACGAAAAUGAAUAGAGAACAAUUAGAAUUUUAUGUACACAAAAUACUGGAAGAAAUGGAGCGUGAACGAGAAGAAAGAAAUUUUUUUCAACUUGAAAGAGAUAAGAUUAGAACUUUUUGGGAAAUUACAAGACAUCAAUUAGAUGAGGCGCAAGCAACUGUUAGAAAUAAAGAACGUGAAAAAGAAGAGUUAUCAGAAAAACAUGAAGGAGAGCUCAAAUUGUAUAAACAGAAAGUAAAACAUUUAAUGUAUGAGCAUCAAACUAAUUUAUCAGAAACUAAAGCUGAACACAUGGUUGCUCUUAAAAUGGCACAAGAUGAUCAUAUUCUUCAAGAAAAUGAAUUAAUUAAAGAUAAAAGGGAAUUAAAAAGAUUGCAGAAAGAACAAGAUUUGGCACAUAUAAAUAAAAUAAAAACAUUAAAAUUGCAACAUGCGGAAGAAACAGAUAAGUUAAUAAAACAAUUUGAAAAUGAAGCUCAAGAAUUGGAACAAAAAUAUGAACAGAAGUUAACGAGUCAAUAUGAAUCUCUUACUUUGAAACAUCGUAUGGAAAUAACUGAAGUGGAAGAAAGAAAAAAUACACAAAUUGCAAAUUUGAUAAAAAACCAUGAAGCUGCAUUUGCGGAAAUGAAAACUUAUUAUAAUGAUAUUACCCUUAACAAUUUGUCUUUGAUAAAGAGUAUGAAGGAUCAAAUGGAUCAAAUGAGAAGUAACGAAGAACGUAUGAAAAAGCAAGUGCGAGAAUUAACUACAGAAAAUAAAAAAUAUUCUAUUGAUGCAAAAUCAUAUGAAGAAUCUUUAGCAAAUUUUACUCGUCAACUUGCAAAUUACGAUAAAGAUAAACAAAGCUUGAUUUGUCAAUCUGAAAGAAAUGAAUUACAUUCAAGAUUUGUCUCAGCAAUACUUGAACUCCAACAGAAGACUGGUUUAAAGAAUGUUCUUUUAGAAAAAAAACUUGAGAAAUUAUCAGAUUUAUUAGAACAGCGUGAGGCACAGAUCAGUGAAGUGCUUACUGCUGCUCAAUUGGAUCCAAUGGCUGUUCUUAACGCUAAUAAAAAAAUAGAGAAUAUGUUGAAUAGAAAAAAUAAUGCAAUACAAGAUCUUCAGUAUGAAUUAGCAAAAGUUUGUAAAGCACACGACGAUUUACUCCGAACGUAUGAAGCUAAGUUACAAGAGUAUGGAAUUCCAAAGAGUGAACUUGGCUUUCAACCAUUAAGAGUAAAAGCAAUAACUACAAAGUUAGGAUUGGGCCCAGCUGGUCUUGUUACUUCAAAUCAUUAGCCUAUUCGAUUUUAAUAACAUUUUUUAUUUUUGAUUAAUCGUAUAAUACAUUUUCACUAACAAGUGAAAUGUAAAAAUAAUAAAAUCAGAUUAAUACAGAAAAAUUCAAAUGAUAUCCCAUGCAGAAUAUCUUUAUUUUGUGAAACAAAGAAGUUCCAGCGCAUCUGUUUUAUUUUUUAUAAAUUACAUAAAAUUAUCACAGAAUGUACAGAGUAGAUCAUAUUGAUGCCUGAUAGUUGCAUACUCGUACUAUUCUAUCUAUUCAAUCUUUUUAUUAAAUCAUCAUGCAUCUCCAUAUUAUAUAUUUUUUUAUAAUUAUUUAACAACUAACAGGCACAAUUAUACUGAAGAUUUUUCAUAUAUGUAUGUAUAUAUAUGUAUAUAUAUAUUUAAAAACAUUUAAAUAUAUAUAUAUAUAUAGAUUUUAUAUA